GACAGGCCAGUCCUCUUGCACAGAACACACUGCUUCUUUCAUUUACCAGAAUCAAUCCCCUCCCACCACCUUUCCCUGCAGCUGGAAAGGGUUACUUCAGCGUGUUCUGGUUGACUGUGUGUCAGACCCUUGGAGCCUCAUGAUGGGAUGGUGGACAGUGCUGCUUCUGUGUGUGGGCAUACCCACGAUUGUAUCACCCGCAUUCCUCGUCUCUUGGGACCCUACUCUUCAGGGCCCUAAGACUGAGGCAAGGAUGAUGAAGAAACGAAGCCCUGAAAAUGUGUUGGACCAGAGAGCUGUUGAAGUGCAAAGUGUGACGGUGAACUGUAAGGUGGCAUCUCGCUUUGCUCAUACUGUCAUGACCUCUAAGGUGGUCAACAGGGCCAACACCUCCCAAGAGGUCCUUUUCGAUGUCGAGCUACCUAAAACGGCCUUCAUCACCAAUUUCAGCAUGGAGAUUGAAGGAAAAAUCUACGUGGGGGAAGUGAAAGAAAAGGAGAAGGCCAAAGAGCAGUUUCAGAAGGCUGUGUCCAGAGGCCAAACAGCUGGACUAGUCAGAGCAUCGGGCAGGAAGAUGGAGAAGUUCUCAGUGUCCGUGAACAUCGCGGCACACAGUGAUGUGACCUUCAUGCUGACAAAUGAGGAGCUGCUUCAGCGUCAAUUGGGCCAGUAUGAGCUCAUGAUCCGGGUCAAACCCAAGCAGCUGGUCCAGAAUUUUGAGAUCGUAGCAGACAUCUAUGAACCCCAAGGUAUCGCCUUUCUCGAUGCUUAUGGCACCUUCAUCACCAAUGAGCUGCUCCCCCUAGUGGAGAAAACUGUCACUGACACUAAGGCACACGUGACCUUCAGGCCAACGGUGGAGCAGCAACGCACCUGCCCCACCUGUGAUGGCACACUGAUUAAUGGAGAUUUCUUCAUUAAGUAUGAUGUGAAGCGAGAGAAAGACAUUGGUAACAUACAGAUAGUGAACGGGUAUUUUGUGCACUUUUUUGCUCCUGCGGAUUUGCCGUACAUACCGAAGAAUAUCGUUUUCGUGAUAGAUGUUAGUGGAUCCAUGGAUGGAAAAAAAAUUGCCCAGACACGUGAAGCUCUGCACACUAUCCUGGAUGAUCUCCAUGAGGAUGACCACUUCACACUCAUCUUAUUUGAUCAAGAGAUGAAGUAUUGGAAUAAGUCCCUGGUCAAGGCUACAAAGAAGGAUGUGACUCAAGCAAAAGACUUUGUUUCGAAAAUCAGAGCCAGAGGAGGUACUGAUAUCAACCAGGCUGUGCUGAAGGCCGUAGACCUUCUCUACAAAGAUACUGCUGAAAAAAAGCUGCCAGACAACAGUGCUUCCAUGAUAAUCCUCCUAACGGAUGGGUAUCCCAAUUCAGGGGAGAGAUCUCAUGGAGGAAUUCAGAGGAAUGUGCGGAAUGCAAUCCAAGGGAAUAUGACUCUCUUCUGCUUGGGAUUUGGCUUUAAUCUGCCAUUCAGUUUCCUGGAAGUGUUGGCCCAGCAGAAUAAUGGCUUAGCCAGGAGGAUCUAUGAAGAUUCAGAUGCUGCGCUCCAGCUUACGGGGUUUUACCGUGAAGUGGCCAGCCCUUUGCUCUCCGAAGUGCACCUGAAUUACCCGCACAAUGCAGUUGAUAGGCUAACCCAACAGCAUUUCAAACAAUUGUUCAAUGGCUCAGAGAUUGUGGUUGCUGGGCAGAUAUCAGAUGAUGACCUUCAAAACUUCAUUUUUGAGGUGUCUGCACAAGGGGUGAAUGACAUAAAGUUCCAGGGUCAAGCAAGUGCUGAGGAUUGGAAUAUCAUCUUUCCAGAAAAGGAAUACAUCUUCGGAGACUUCACUGAGCGUCUUUGGGCAUAUAUUUCUAUUCAGCAGUUGCUUGUCAAAAGGGAGAGUGGCAAGGUGGAGGAGAAGGCUAAUGCGACGGCUGAAGCCCUGGCGCUGUCCCUGCGUUACAACUUUGUGACUCCACUUACCUCCAUGGUGGUGACCAAACCUCAGAAUGAUGAAACACCAGAGGAUGCCAUGGUUGCAGACAAGCUGACUGAGGAUGAACGUCAGAGGCCAAAUUCUGCUGCUUUUCACAAACCCCAGCCUGCAGCUACCUAUCGUGCAGUCACAAGCGUGGAUGGAGAUCCCCAUUUUAUCAUCCAAGUUGCAGACCUGAAUGACACUUUGUGCUUUAACAUUGAUGAUGUACCAGGCACAAUUUUCAACCUGGUGAAAGACCCUUUAUCAGGAAUUGUGGUCAAUGGCCAGACCAUAGGGGAUAAGAAAGUGGACCCUGGAAGCAAAGUCCACACCUACUUUGGACGGUUUGGGAUAGCUCACCAAAAGCUAAACCUCAAGGUAGAGGUAACCACCCAAAGUAUCAUUGUCUCCCAGGACAGGCGGAAGACUUUACUCUCUUGGUCUGACAAUAGGAUUUUCAGGGGCCCUGGUGUGGAAAUCGAGGUCACAAAGGAGCGCAGUCUUACUGUCACUAUGAGGGACUCGGCCAAGUUUGUUAUCAUCUUGCAUAGGGUGUGGAAGAAGCACCCAUACCACCGGGACUAUCUGGGCUUUUAUACUCUAGACAGCCACCUUCUCUCCAGCAAAGUUCAUGGCCUCCUUGGACAAUUCUACCACGGCCUGCAGUUUAAGGUUGGUGAGCUGCAUGCAGGAAAGGAUGCAGACAAACUAGAUGCCACCAUGAGGGUGAAGGGUCAGCAGCUCACUGUCACCUGGGGAUGGCAAAGAGAUUUCCGCAGGAAUGUCAAGUAUGGUGAAGAUGUACCCUGCUGGUUCGUGCACAGCAAUGGCUCAGGCCUCAUCGAUGGGACUCACCAUGAUUAUGUGGUGUCUGAGAUAUUCAAGACCAGCUGAGUGACAAAACCAUCAGCCAAACUGGUGAAAUGCUUCAAAGGCAAUAAAAAAGUACGACAAAAUGUAGACUAUUAGUUUAAUUUAGUUAAUAACCAGGUAUAUUGAUGUGUAUGACAGAAAUAUGUUAGCUGUAAACCAAUAAUAUCUUAAACACCUUGCUGUCAUUUUAUAUUCCCUGACUUAUUUCCUUUUACUUGGGAAAGAUCUACCUGUUCAAAUAAGUGGUUCCCACUCCUUACAA